GCAGACAUGGCCAGCAGACGGAGAGGCUGCGCUGGUGUUUGCGGCCAAACCUGAGCUCGCGGAGCUUUAAAACUCAGUGUUUUCACAUCGUAACAGCGUGUUUUUGGGUCAUAAUUUGUCUAAAACCCGCAGUUUGUGGGAAAGUGUGUUAAUUAUGCUCAGGAAUGUGAUAAAGAACCGGUUCCGCUAAGCUAUGCUGCUCACAAACACUCAGCACUGGAGCUCACAGCCAUUUAUACUGACUGAUCCGUUUCUCAAUUCGGUUUCAUUUAGAACCGGAUUUACACUGUAAAACUGGAUCUUAGAACAGUUCUGAUGUCACAUCCGUCCACAGCUCGCAUUUCAGUACGUUAAAUGUGGUAACCUGAAACCCCGCGGUCCCCUUUGUGGAAGGUGGAGCGAUGCUGGUGAAGAUGGAGGUGGUGGAGUUGCCUCACUGGGAGAUGGCUGUCUACUGGUUUUUGUCCUUCGCCUCUCACCUCUACUCUUUCUAUCAGCUUCACCUGUUCUCUAAAGAGCACGAGGAGAGUCUGCACAAGGAGGUGCAGCUGGAGAAGGGCUUCCUCAUCUGGGGCUUCAGGAAGGACCCCACAGAUUUUGAGUGGAGCUUUUGGAGCGAGUGGGCGUGGCAGUCUCUUCUCUGGUCUCUGAUUGGUCAUGCUGUAGUGUCCAGACUGUCCAGUGUUUACCUGCCUCAGUGCAGAAAGGCCAUUCUCACACUCUACGGCGUGCUGGCAGCGUGGUGGCUUCUCGGCUGGAGGGGAGUGGCUGUUCUGAUGCUUCAUCUCAGCGUUUCAUUGGCUGUUGCUCAGCUCCACUGUCCUGCCCUGUGCUGGGGUUGUACCCUGUUACUGCUCUCUACUCUUCAUAUCACCAGUUUGCAGGAAAUACAGAGACACUGGUUUGAUUCAGAGGAGCGCUACUACCUCUUGCUGUUCAGUAUUGCAGUGUGUGCUCUUCGCUGUAUAAGCUUCAGCUUGGAGCUUUGUUGGAAUCCCUUUCUGGUUGGAGGACCAAGCCACCCCGGCUCAUCUCCACAGUUCAGAAACAUAAAGAUGUUCAUAAUCCAGCUGUAUCAUCUCACUGCCUACAGUUUCUACCAUCCACUCUUCUACAAUGGACCUAUCAUCUCCUACAAAGACUUCAGCCAAAAGAUGGAGCAGCCAGUGUGGAAGGUUUCGUCAGCCUGGGCGCUGGGCAGAGCGCUGCGUGUGUGUGUGUGGUGGUGUUUGGCAGAAAUCAUGAUACACCUCAUGUACAUGCACGCCAUCCAGAACAACGAGACCUACCUCAACAUACUCUCACCCUGGGCACUGGGUGGUCUGGCUCUGGCGGUGGUUCAGUUCUUCUAUGUAAAGUAUCUGGUGUUGUUUGGUGCGGCGUCUCUUCUGGUCACACUGGAUGGGCUCGAGGCGCCGCCGCUGCCCCGCUGUGUGAGCAUCAUGUACAGCUUCCAAGGAAUGUGGAGACACUUUGACGUGGGACUCUACCGAUGGCUUGUCAGGUACCUGUACAUACCGCUGGGCGGUUCUCAUCGUGGACCUUUCCAGAAGCUCGUCUCCAUGGCGCUGGCGUUCAGCUUUGUGUGUUUCUGGCACGGUUGCCAUGACUACCUGCAGUGGUGGGCCCUGCUGAACUGGGCUGGGGUGGUGGUGGAAAACGCUGUCGCACUCUUCCUCUCCUCCCCUCCUCUUCGUCACACCAUCGUGUGUAUUCUGUCUCCACGGAUGCAGAGGCGUGGCCUGGCGUUUAUCUCCGCCUUUUCCACAGCCAUGCUCAUCCUGUCCAAUCUGGUGUUUCUGGGUGGGAUCCACGUUGGUCGAGUCUAUUGGAAGAGAGUGUUUGCUCAAGGCUGGUCCACAAUAGCUCUUCCCAUGCUUGGCUUUUUGUAUUGCUUUGCUCAGGUUGGACUGGAUUUGGACCGCAAACAGUCACGAAGAGCGCCAUCGGCCUCAUCAUCAUCAUCAGCAGCCUCAUAAUCAUCAUCCCAACAUGCAUAAAGCUGCUGGAUUAAACAGAAUGCAAGGUAUCCUCAAGAGUCACUCCAGUUUAUUCACCAUCAGGGAAGCGUAAUUUAAUUAACUGGGCUCCAGCCUGGCGAUUCAUUGUGCCAAAUCAUUUGGCAUUUCCCUAGCAGACAUGGUGAAGUGUUUUUUUUUUUUGUUGUUGUUUUUUGCUCGGCUGUUGGGUUUUACAACAUGAAGACACCUUUAGUUUCAUUUAUUCUGUUACAGUAGAUGUAUUCAAUUUCUUGUACAGGUUUAAACAUGUGUAAAUAUGUGUUUAAGACAUAAAAGAUGCAUUUAAACAAUUGGAUGAUUGGGCAAUUGUAUGGGACUACUGUAUUUUUUGCACUAUAAUGUUCACCAGAUUAUAAGGCGCACUAUCAAUAAACGUCUAUUUUCUGGUCUGUUUUCAUAAAUGCACCAGCUUAUAAGGCACGUUAUGUGACACUAGUAAGGAACAAGCGGGUGUCACCAUUUUUUCCUUGUAAUUUCCUACUAAUUUCCCAGCAGCGAGACCUGUAAAGCUAAGCUAAGUAAGCAAAACUGUAAUUGUCAAAAAUACAUAUUUUCUUUUAAAUUCAAACAAGCUCUGGAUGUUAAUCUACACAGAUUUCUCUCCUGAAAACUGUUUAUUUGGGUGAGUAAAGUGCUUCCCUUUAUUUACAGUAAACUGUCCAGAUUUCAACUAUAGCUAGGUGCAGCAAUAUUAUCAUUAGCAGUUAAAUGCUAGCCGUGGUUAGCGGCUAAUGCUGCUCGACAGCACUACACUAAGGAACCCUGCGUGUUCUGGUAAGCCAGGGAGAUAUUAGUUAGUGGUUCGUCCCACGUAGUUGGUUUAACUCUGUAAACGGUUAACUCUGCAGACUACUCUUCAAUAAUACUCACCUCUGAACAGAGAAAGAGCUAGCACUUAGCACGGUUAGUGGCUAAUAUUUCACGUCCUGUCCCGGGUGUCCCAUGGUUUUUUUUUUUUUUUCAAAAAGUGAGGAAAUGUCCUUUUUUUAAAUCACCUUCAUUGGACCAUCACAUUAACAGGCACGAGGGCACUGCGCACGAUGCUGCGUGUGACAUAAUCCCUGAGCCGCCUCAGGGAUAGAGAAGGGUGGAGAAGGGUAAUGCUACAGGCCGGAGCCCUGGGCGUGGGCGUGGCUAAAGGGCGGAGCAUGUGUCAAUCAUUUUCGACUGCAGCCAAUCGGAUACUACACUUUCGUUGUCAAUCACUUUUUAUUAAGCCAAUCCUCAGACAGACCAAGCUGUCCAUCAUUUUUUACUGCAGCCAAUCACCUUAAAAGAUCUGUCAAAAGAAAGCGGCAGAACUGCGGUGCUACCGGGUAAACGUAGCGCGAUUUAAACUUCUGAACAGCGGUGAAGCUGAAUGUUUAUAAGUAUUUUUACAAAAUACUAUAUUAACAGUUUAAACACAAUUAUGUGCAGAGGUCAGCAGCAGGCUACAAUCUGAUAAUACUCACCUCUGAACGGCGAAAGAUCUAGCGCUUAGCACAGUUAGCAGCUAAUACUGAUAAUAAUGAUGCUCCAGCAGUGUUAGCAGGGGUUAGCAGCAGAAUUCAAGGCAAUAAUACUCACAGCUGAACUUUAAAAAAGAGCUAGCGCAGAUAGCAGUUUAUGCUAAUACUGCUGGAGAACUAAACUGGAACUCCUGUAUAACGCUGUACUUCAGGGGAGUGGCUUUACUGCUCCUUAAAACCUGACUGGUAAAAUUCAAACAUAAGGUACACUGGAUUAUAAGGGGCACUGCCGAUUUUUGGUAAAAUGAAAAGAUUUAAAAUGCGCCUUAUAGUGCAAAAAAUACAGUAUAUACAUAAAACACCUCUAGCAUUGGCGUUACUGUGGUUCAGUGCCAGCCCGAAUUGGCACAGACUGCAGGAGUGAGGAAUAAAUGUAAGAUCCACAGUUUAUAACUCUUAAUGAAGCACCUUUGCUCCAGCUUGGAUGAAGCUGCCAAACUGGAUCCAAAGUACGGGCUGUUCGCUGCACUGAAUGAACUCUGCUGGGUGAACUCUGGACUCGAAGAUGAUGAUCAGAUCCAUAUUCAGAUUUUUAAGGGCUUUUACGCACCAUAAUAAAAUAGAAGCAGGUAGAGGUUUUAGCUGCUGUUCAGAAGGAUUAGAGCAAUAUAGGAUUAUUAGAUUUUUUUUGUUUUUUGUUUUUUUUUUAUCUAUCAAAUUUUCGCCUCAAUUUGGGAUAAUUACCCAACCCGCUCAUAAGUAAUGUCCCCAACACUACAAAACAGUGAAGACUAGCACAUGCAUCCUCCGACACACAUGUAUGAAGUCCGACACAUGUAUUGUCCUCUCACAGGCUUCAGCAAAGCAGUUGUGUCUAAUGGUGAAGCAGCAUGCGCCUGGGAUUUAAACCGGGGCCACAGUGUCAGCAUGCUGAGGUAUCAGCCUGAGGUUUGAGUAUUUAAAAGCAAAAGCACUUAGUCAUCAAGUUCCAGCUCCUGAGAAAAGUGAUGAAGUGCAUUUUGUGAGGAGAAUAUAUUUGGGAUGUAUUUUUACCCUUAAAGAUGUUGUACUUGUUUUUUUUUUUUUUUUUUACAUCAUUGUAGAAAAAUAAAUAUUUAAAAAAAUGUUUAAGUCACAUGAUCUUUUCCUUUCACAGUGGGAACUGUAAGAAACCCAAACAGGAGUAGCGUAUUUUAGCUCUAUUAUUUAGCUCUAUUAUUUAGCUCUAUUAUUUUCUGCUCUAUUUUCAUACAUAUAGAGCACCGGAUUAUAAGGCGCAUUUUAAGAGACACUAUAAGGAAUUCAGCAGGUCUCACCGCUGGGUGGUGGUGGUGGGGGUUAGCUAAACUAAGUAAAGUAAAGCUAAGCUUAGUAAACAAAACUGUAAUAAAAAAAAGACUUUCCUUUAAAGUCAAACAAGUGCUGUAUGUUAAUCUACACAGAUUUCUCUCCUAAAAACUGUUUAUUUGGAAGAGUAAAGCGCUUUUGUUUAUUUACAGUAAGCUUAGAUUACCAAAUUUAGCGUUAGCCUUAGCGGCUAACCACUCCAGCAGUGCUAGCUGGGGUUAGCAGCAAAUACAAACGAGCUGAUAAUACUCCCCUCUGAACGAACACUUAAAGAACACUUCAACUUCUACUCAAGUCAUUUUGUUGAUAGAGCACUUUUACUUUUGUUCAAGUCUGAAUCUCUAGUACUUUAUACAUGUUUGAACAAUCCUCUUUUUGUCUCUCUUUUUACUGUUCUGUUUUCUUGACCAACCCUGUGGACAUUUUUCCGCUUAUUUGAUGAUAUUUUUUGGGCACAUA